AAAUUUCUUGUUUCUGCAGCUAAGCUUAGUAUCUAAUUAAGCAAAAACAAUGAGUUCUCACCAUCAUCAUCAUCAUCAUCAUCCUCAGCAUCUCAGCUGUGGUACUACAUUUCUGCUACUUCUUACUGCCAUUAUCUCAAUUUUGACAUCUUCAAUUGCAGCAGAGCCAGAGCCACCUACACCAAAGCUGAAUUCAGAGCCAGUAAAACCACAUACACCAAAGCUGAAAUAUUCGGAGCCAGAACCACCAAGUGUAAAGCUGAAUUCAGAGCCAGUAAAACCACUUAUACCAAAGGUGAAUUCAGAGCAAGAGCCACCAGUAGCAAUGUUGGAUUUUGAUGGUGGUGAUGAUGGGCAAACUGGAACAAGAUGGGCAGUACUCGUUUCAGGCUCCAAUUCUUAUGAUAACUACAGGCAUCAAGCUGAUGUGUGCCAUGCAUAUCAAGUAUUGAGGAGAGGAGGACUGAAAGAAGAAAAUAUAAUAGUUUUCAUGUAUGAUGAUAUUGCCUUCAAUCCUCUCAAUCCCAGGCCUGGUGUCAUCAUCAACAAGCCAAAUGGCCCGGAUGUUUAUGAAGGAGUUCCAAAAGAUUAUACAGGAAAGGAAGUUACAACAGCAAAUUUCUAUGCAGUGUUACUCGGAGAUAGAACUGGCCUCACUGGUGGCAGUGGCAAAGUUGUGGAUAGUGGUCCAAAUGAUCAUAUUUUCAUAUAUUAUGCUGAUCAUGGAGGCACUGGAGUUCUUGGGAUGCCUGAAGGUUCUUUCGUUUAUGCUAAAGAUCUUGUUGAAGUGCUGAAAACUAAGCAUGCUGCUAAUGCUUACAAAAGCAUGGUGGUUUACAUUGAAGCAUGUGAAUCUGGGAGUAUAUUUGAUCACCUGCUUCCAAAGGAUUUGAAUAUCUAUGCAACAACAGCAGCAAAUUCACAUGAGAGUAGUUUUGCAGCAUAUUGUCCUGGAGACAAUCCUGGCCCUUCUGAUGAUUUUAAUACAUGUUUGGGUGACUUGUACAGUAUUUCUUGGUUGGAGGAUUGUGACAAACAUGAUUUGAGUAAAGAAACAUUGGGUCAACAAUAUGAAGUGGUUAGAAGAAAAACAGCAAAUAGUGAUUUGGAUGCAAGUUCUCAUGUAAUGCAGUUUGGGAAUAUGAAUCAAAGAAAUGACAUCCUCUUCUCUUAUGUGGGCACAAAUCCUGAAAAUGCUAAUUACACUUCCACUGACAUUAAUGCUGAAUCUUCCCCACCAACAUUCUCAAAGCUUGUUGACCAACGUGACGCAGAUCUCCUCCAUCUUCGACACAAGUUCCAUAAAGCUCCAUUUGGUUCUGAGGAGAAGCGUGAAGCCCAAAAGCAACUACUUAAAAGACUUUCUCAUAGGAAACACAUUGACUUCACCAUAAACAAGAUUGCGGAGCUUCUGUUUGGAUAUUGGAAUAGUAAAAAUCUGUUGAACACUGUUCGGGGUCCUGGGCAACCCACUAUAGAGGAUUGGGAUUGCUUUAAGAUGAUUGUGAAAACUUAUGAGGAAUGGUGUGGACCUCUGUCCUACUAUGGAAUGAAAUAUGCUCGAGGUUUUGCCAACAUAUGCAAUUCCGGAAUUAGCGUGGGAAAAAUUGUUGAAGCAACAAAGAAAACUUGUUCUAAGGAAAUCCUUGUGUAAUAGACUGUUAAGAUGGAAGUAAAUAAAAAAAAAUAUAGAUAUAUAAAAAGAAUGAUUUUGUGCAUUAUGACGUUGUGCGUUGCUCUGAUGAGCUAAAUCAGCUUCACUCUGUUUUACAUGUAUUCAUAUAUUAAUUGAAGCACCAUCCAAAGGAAAUGAUAAACAAAAAUAUAUUUA